AUGGCCGACCUGUGGGCUGCCGUGGAGCAACGCCCCGAGAUCACUGUCUUCCACUCCGCGCCUGUAGCGGACUUGAUCGCCGAUGGGGACACCAUCCGGGGCCUCCGGGUGCGGCACCGGGAGACCACCGCGGAGUACUUCGGACAGGUCAUCCUGGGGUGCGGCGGGUUCGAGGCGUCCGCCCGGCUGCGCCGGCAGUACCUGGGCGAAGGAUGGGAUCUGGUCUCGCUGCGCGGCAGUCGGUUUAACACGGGACAGAUGAUGGAGAAGGCCGUGGCGGCGGGGGCGGGCGUGGCCGGCCACUUUGGGGGCUGCCACGCCACGCCGCACGAUCUCCACGCGCCCAAGGUGCUCGACCCCUCGGACUGCGACAAGAUGAGCCGCUACAGCCUUCCCUACUCCGUGCUGGUCAACACCGAGGGGCGGCGCUUCCUCGACGAAGGCGAGGAUCACUUCAGCCUCACCUACGCCAAGACCGGCGCCGCCAUCGUCCGCCAGCCCCAGGCCACCGCAUUCCAGGUCUUCGACCAGAAGACCCUCCACCUGCUCGAGCCCCGCUACGCCACCUCCAAGCCCAUCCAUGCCGACACACUCGAUGAGCUGGCCCAGAAGAUGGGGGUCGAUGCGGCCAACUUCGCCGAGACGAUCCGCCAGUACAACGCCGCCACGCCCCGCGAUGCGGUGGAGAAGUUCAAUGCCUUUGCGCUCGAUCAUGUUCCGACGGGCACUGCGCUGGCGAUUCCAAAGAGUAACUGGGCGUUGCCCAUCGACCAGGGCCCGUUCGUUGCCUACGGUGUCACCUGUGGCAUCACGUUCACCUAUGGAGGGCUGCGCACGGACGAUGCGGCGCACGUCUUGAACGAGGAAGGGCUCGUCAUGCCGGGUCUCUGGGCGAUUGGGGAGAUCGCUGGCAGCUUCUUUGCCUUCAAUUAUCCUGGAGGCUCGGGGUUGACCAAGGGGGCGGUCUUUGGGAAGAUCGCCGGCGAGGCGGCGGCUGAGCGGGCGAAGACACUCCGUGGCUGA